AUAAAAAAGCUACUUAAAAAAAUUAUUGGCUGCAAAGAGACGCUCAAUUUGGUAGUGGUGCCAUGUAAUGUGGAUAUUGCAACAACAGAAGCACUGAAAAUGGCUCAAGAGGUGGACCCCAGUGGAGAAAGGACAAUAGGGAUCCUCACGAAACCCGACCUGGUGGACAGAGGAACAGAGGAGUCUAUCAUUAAAAUAAUACAAAACCAGGUCAUCCCUCUCAAAAAGGGUUACAUGAUCGUGAAGUGUCGUGGGCAGCAAGACAUCCAGAACAAAUUGGCCUUAGCCACUGCAAUCCAGCAGGAGAGAAAAUUCUUUGAGACUCACAAACAUUUCAGCAUUCUUAUGGAAGAAGGAAGAGCUACUAUCCCUCAGCUGGCAGAGAAGCUUACAAAUGAACUUGUGAGACAAAUUAUUAAAACUUUGCCAACACUAGAGAACCAAAUACGUGAGGUGCUCCAAAAAACAUUACACGAUCUACAAAAAUAUACAAGAGGCACACCCAGCACAGAGUCUGAGAAGCUGUUUUACCUCACAGAUUUGAUCAAACUCUUUAAUCAAGACAUCGCUCAGAUAAUCCGUGGAGAGGAACAGUUGUUUGGAAAUGAAAUCAAACUGUUUGCAAAAAUACGCAGAGAGUUUCGGAGCUGGGGAGCGAUUCUCCUAGACUGUAGUGCAAAAGUUAAAAACAAUGUACCCAGUAAAGUGUGGAAAUAUGAAGACCAGUGUCGUGGACGGGAGUUUCCAGGCUUUACCAAUUACAGGACAUUUGAGGACAUUAUAAAAGAGCAAAUCAUAGGACUGGAGGAGCCAGCCAUUGAGAUACUGAACAAUGUGAUCGGACUGGUUGUGGAGAGAUUUAUGGAACUCGCUAAAAGGAAUUUUGCUAAUUAUCACAAUCUAAACAGAGCUGCUAAGAUCAGAAUUGAAGACAUUAGAGAGAAACAAGCAGCAGAGGCUGAAAAACGCAUCCGGAUCCAGUUUAAAAUGGAGAGAAUUGUAUACUGCCAGGAUGACCUUUACAUUAACGAUUUAAACGCUGUUACUGCAGAAAACACUACCAAAGCUGAAAAUUGGAAAGAGUUGGUGGCUGGACCUGUUUCAAAUCAAGAGCCCAGCUUAGUCCAGGAAAUGGUUUCUCUCACGAAGGCAUAUUUCAAUGGGGCAUGUAGACGACUCUCCAAUCAGAUACCUCUGAUCAUCCUGUCUUCUGCCCUUCAUGACUUCGGGGAUAACUUACAGACCACAAUGUUGCAUCUUUUGCAAGAGAAAGACAAUUUAAGCCAUCUCCUUCAGGAAGACAGUGAAGCUGCUAAACAUAGGAGCUACCUCAGUCAACGAGUGGAUCGUCUCAACAAAGCCUGCCAGUACCUGAGAGAAUUCAGCUCACUGUAG